AUGUUCUUCCGACCGAUUCCGGCUACGGCGGCCAAUCUCAUUGAGACUAGCCAACUGCGCAGGAGAUAUUAUAGUGCACAAGUGUACGCGCAGACACAAGGUGCACUCUCUAUUCCUGUCACUCUUAAAGUCCGAUGGGAAGAUACUUCGACACAACCGGUGAGAGUUAAAGCGCAGGAUCGAGGCUUUGCGUGCUUUCCGAGACAUCAUCAAUUUCCUGACUUCGGGCUGUUACUGAGAAUUUCU